AUGUCUUGGUCGUUUUUCUUCAAGUCUCUUAAGAAUAUGGAUUCUGAAACCGAUACUGAUACGAUAUCAUUUUCGGAAGUUUCCAGGGAAAAUUAUAAGAGCCCUGAAAGUUCGGAUUGUGAAGGAUAUGCUACACCAUUGGCUUCCAGUCUAACCGAUAUCCCGCAGAGCCUCACAAUCGACGUGCCAGAAGAUACAAUGGAUUCUGGAGAGCGAACACCUGUGAGCACCCAGGCGAUUUCCCCACCGGUAGUCAAACAGAUCAUCUAUCUGCAGAAACCCAAAAUUCUUGUCAUGACGCAACGGGAAAUUGUGGACGAGAGCAGCGAGGAGGAGUUCUAUGAUGUUGAUGAUGUUCAGAUUCGUGACGUGGCACAGCAGUUGUUGAAUGGAGUGGAUGACGUCAUUGAUGAACGACCAGAUACACCAAUUGUGGAAGAGGAGUCUGAAACACACAUGGAAACUGAAGACAUGCUUACUGAGGAGGAAGAGGAGAGACUGACACCAAUUUUGGUCAAGGUGAUUUCUGAUUCUGAAGCUCUGAAUGAUACAGACCAAGGUCCAGAAAAUCAAGCAGACGUACUCCAAGAUUCAGAAAAUCAAGAAGCAGAUCAAGAAGAGCAUGAAAAACCCCAAGGAAAUCAGCAGAAAACACUAGAAGAUCCGGAAUUCCUUGAUGAAUUGGAAAUUGAAAUUGAGAUGGAAUCUGAAGAGGAACAAAAUCAAUUUUUGGAAGUGUUAACAUCAGAUGUCGAUCAGGGAAACGUUAUGGAUGUUUUGGAGCCUAUUGAAGCUUCAGCUAUAGUUUUGGAAAUGGAACCUGAGCUUCUUUCUGCUACUGAAGUCGAAGCCGAUAUUUCCGAAAUUGUUGAAGCUGCAGCUGAUCCAGCUUCAACUAAAGUUGACUCAGUGAGAAGCGCUUCAGAAGUCGAAGCUGUGCUACUACCCCCUGUAAAAAUUGCAGCCGAUAUUCCUGAAAAAGUGAAUCUUUCUUCUGAUGUUCCGGAGCUUGUGACCGAUCAGAAAGAAUCCCCUGAGCUUCCUAUCCAUACCAAACUUCCCGAACACCACGAAGCGGAAAUUCUCAAGACCGAUAAUGCACCAAUUGUUCACACAUCAUUUGAGACUUGUGACAACAGCAAUUCCGAAACUGCAAACAAUGUUAUCACCACCAGCGCCGAGUGUGUUCAUAAUAGCCAAACAGUGCCUGAGAAACAAGUUGGAGUUUUGGUGGAAAAGUUCGAGGAGCUAGCGAAAGGCGUCAGAGAUUCACUGGGACAAGCUGAAAAUGUUAAGAAGUGCUUCCAAGCUCUGGUUUUAACAGAUUUGAAGUUGGAAGAUAACUUGGAAGUCCAGCAGACUUUCCAAACUCCAGAAGUUGAAGACGUCGAGAAUGUUGUCCAGGAAAUUCAGGAGCCAAGCUCUCCAGUUUCAUUAGUCCCUGAUAGACCGGAACUUUGCCUUGAAGAAAUGCCAGAUUCGUUCUCUGAAAUUGUAGUUGCUCAAACACCAACAGCCUCCGAACAGCCGCCUACUAUCAACCAGGAAAUAGAAGCAGUCGUUAUUCUGAACGAGGUGAAAACGUCGUCUCCAUCUGAUGAUGACGUUCUCUCAACACAUAAACCAGUGAAAGUCGAUUUUGAUGGUUACUCAUCUGGAAGAGAAGAAAGCCUGUCCUCAUCGACGUCAUCAGAAAGUUUCGAGUUUGCCGAGCCGGUUUUUACAGUUCUCGACGAACACAAGCAAGCAUUACGGAACUCCAUUAUCGAGAGGUAUCCAUCUAACGAGACUGAUGAAGAUGAUUCGGAUAGCGUCGAUGAAUACGACGACGGACUGCUUGCAGUUCAACAGAUAUCUGCAGAAGUUGAACAGUUGGUCGCCGCUUGCAAUUCGUUUGGACGAGACGAAGAACAACAGAUGAGUGCCUAUCUCGUUGGUAAAAAGAUGGCCGCCGAGAAAAAGAGGAAAAGUGCGAUGGACAUGGCGGCGGUGACCUCCACCAACACUUGGUCGUCGUCGUGUCAUCAUGACCAAACCGUUCAGACGGACAACGAUUCGCUCAUUCUGGUCGACCGACACCUUCCGGAAGUGAUGGAGAGUCUUCAAGUGGAAAUUGAUAAACUUCAGGCCGACCUGGAUAAGGUUAAGAAUGGCGAGAAGGAACUCCUGAAAAUCAAUGCCAAGCUGAAGGAGGACCUUGAAGAGUCUCAACAAACUAUUGAUGGAAUCGAAGUUGAAGCUGAGCAGCAAUACACUGAACUCACUGGUGAAAUUGAUGAGCUUUGCGAAAUUGUGCAAAAGAAAGAUCAGGAGCUGGCAAUGCUCAAGGAGAGGAUUGCCAAUUUGUCAAUGAACGAGGCUAAUUUGAGGGAUGAUGUGGACACUCAAAGAAUGAUUGGACAACGGCAAAAGGAGAUUAUUGAGAGCUUGAGAGAGGAGUUGGAUACCAUCACUAAGAAACUGAGUGAUGUGACUAAACUCCGAGAUAAGGCGAUUGAAGAAGUCACAGUGCUCAAGAUGAAAAACAUGGAACGUGACCGAUUCCUAUCCAGAGAGGCUCAGAUGUCCAUGGAGAUUGAGGAUUUGCAGCGCGAGUUGAACAAACAAAAACUGAUCUUGAAUCAGACGAGUAUGGCAAAACUGGCAGAUACCUUCGAUAGAAAAGUUCUCCACCUUGAGAACGAGCUGCGGGAGAGAGAUAUGCUUAUUUGUAAGCAAAAUCAGAUCAUCAACAGUCAUCGAAAGUCGCCGACCGGAUCCGUUAUGACCAGUCGCAAAAUGCAACCACGUGCCUCGGUUCUUGCCGCUUCAGGGAAUUCUCCAAGCGCCGGAAGUAGUUCAGAAUCCUUCCAACAGGGAUUGGACGCUGAAUCCAAAGAAGCUCUAUUCAACUUUAUCAUGAGCAAUGAUCGUCACAACCAGUUGGCCAAUAUCUAUAAUAUCGGAAGGAUUUUGGAUUUGACACCACAGGAGGAGCGUACGCUAGAGAGGCAUCUGACAAAGGAUCGAUAUGUUGUCUGA